GAGAAAUAAUUAAAUGAAUGGUGAACGAGCGAAAUAGGGAUACGUUCGAGUGGAAAUUAUGGCCAGGCCAGUCGCCAUGUAGAUUUUUUCGGUGUGUGACUGUGGGUGUAGUGUAUUGUCUCGAUUUGUCAAACGCUUCAAUGAUUAUUAUUUUCAAGUGAACGUAAAAAUGGUGCAAAAAUCUGUUUAACUAUUCCAAUCGUGAUGUUUCUCAUCAGAAAUGGACAUCUCUUUGUGGUGGUGAACGUUUAAAGUGCAGUGAAGGCAGAUAAUAAAUUGGUGGGGGGCUGCUGAAAUACUACGAUAGGAUAGUAACAACGUUUUACAACUAUUUAUGUGUCGUUCGGGUUCAGGCGCCCAUAAAAUUUCUCAUCUCGGUGCGGGCGAGACUGACAUCCAUUUUGUUUUAUUAUGUGGUUUGGUUGUUUACACUGCAUCGUGCUCUCUACAAUGGAAAGCGACGGUUUCAAUUUGCGAGCUAUGAGCGGCCCGUGGUAGCGGCGGGGUGAUGCAGCGCGCUCACCUGGGCGGCGCCUUGCAGCCGCAGCCGACCGCGCCCCGGCCGCUCUACCGCUCGCAGCACAUCUACCCGGACAUUGAUGAGCAGAUACCAGCAUCUGUAAUCAGCAGUGUGGGUACGGUGAGCUUGUCGCAAUCGACGACCAACCUGACGCCCACAAUAGCGAUGGCCAAUCCGACCAACCCCGGCAACGCGAGCAGCAACCAAGCGCAGACACCGGUGCGGAACCUACCCAAGAAACGGAAAUUCGAUCCGUCCGAGUUGGAGGAAAUCGAACGGAGCUGCAUCACCAGUAUACCCGAGCGGACGUGUAUCACAGUGUCCGUGUCAGCUCCUGUUGACUACCCGGCGCCUACGUACCAAGCGACGAUACUCCAACCGUCGCCAAUAGUGCAACGGUCGUCGCCGCACGAGUUCCACUACCCUAAUGUGGAUUUGUCCGAAUGGCGGGACCACAGGAUCUUGGCCAAGCAACGCGGGCUAUACAUACCGGGUGUGAUACGCCAAGCUGACGGGUGCAAAGUGGUUGUGGAACUUGAUGGACAGGAGAAUGAGCCGAUCGAGUACAGUGAUAUAUUCGGUGGGAACAAAUAUGAUGUGAUCAGUGAUGCGAGCCCACAACUGAGUCAUUUGUUGAUAGGCUCGCCGUGUGUUGUUAGGACUACGGACCCCAGCCGGGAGAGUGUGCAAAAUGUGUUCGUUGAGGGACUUGUGUUCGAAGUACUCAGUUCGCCUAUUAGGAUCAGGGUUAAGGUGGCAGACGGCGAGAGCAUCUGCAAGGAGACGGUGGAGGUGAAGCGCGCUGACAUCCGCCUGCUGCAGCCGCCCUGGGCUGACGAGCUGGAGGACGCCGGCUCGCACGCCUCGCCCGCGCUCAUGGGCGGCCACAACAUGAGGGUCCAGCACGUCUCCUCAGGCCCGCAAUGUAUCACAUUGCAGUACACGCUGGGCGGUGACCACUUUGUGACGUCAUCGCCCAUGCCCAGCUCGCAGAUGGUGACGGUGGGCGCGCUGUCCAACGGCUCGCGGCCCUUCGACGACUACGGCGAGAGCGACGACGACCUGCCCAGUGAAAACAUCAUGUUCCCCACUGACUCUUCGCAUAUGGAUUGCAGUAAUAGCAAGCGAAGUAGUCUCCAAAGCAGAGGCAGCACAUCCAGUCUCAUUGAAGGCAGCCUCACACCACGAUCUCAACCCCCCACUCCUAGAUCUCAAGCGGCGACCCCGCAUAAAUACAAGAAGGGCGACGUAGUGUCAACACCCACUGGUAUACGGAAGAAGUUCAACGGCAAACAGUGGCGGCGGCUGUGCUCCAAGGACGGCUGCACCAAGGAGAGCCAGCGCAGGGGGUUCUGUUCGCGCCACCUGUCCCUCAGGGGCGUCACCAGGUCGUCUAACACGCCGCUCGCACAGGGCUCCGCUCAUACGCCGCAGCAAAGAAGCAGCAGCAAAUCGUUGUCGUCGAGCGGCACGGGCGUGGAGGGGGACGAGACGUCGCGCGAGUCGGACACCACGCCGCCCAACUACCGUCGGUUCGACCCCGACGAGACCGAGGCUGCUAACAUGCUGGUGUCGCUAGGCAGCUCGCGGUCGGGUAGCCCAGGCGCGUCGCCGGUGGGAGGUUCGCCAGUGCUGCGCGGAAACGUAUUCGUGCCCAUCUCCUCGCCGCAGCCGCCGCACGCGCCCACCUACCACCACCUAAUCAGGCCAGAAUUGGUGCGACCAAUUAGAACGCGGUCGCCAGUAGGCAGCGUGGCGACCAGUGUCAUCAGGGUAUCUCCAGCGCCGACCUACCACUACCAGGUAGACAAUCGCAACGGGCCGUCCACUCUACAGUCCACGCAAGCGAGCACAGCCGGCCUCCAACCUUCCACUCUCAACAUACAGAGCACGAUACAGAGCAACUUAAAUGCACCAACCACCAUGCAAUCAUCCCUAAACCUGCCUACCAGCAUCUCCAUAAUAAACAGCAUCAAUAGCCAGAGUCUUACCAGCAUACCCUCCAUACGGACAAACAAAGUCGAUGAAAUCCCACACAAUUUAGUCGUACAACGUAUGCCCACAACGAAUGGAUUCGACUUAGAGCACAUAUACAGGAAUCCAUUACGAAGAAACGGUAUGCAGGAUCAGUAUCGACGAGAGACGGAUUCAUCACCUUUGAACAACCAUGAAAAUUUUGUGAAUAGACGGGUCUCGGAGUAUGACGAGGAGGACCAUUCGGUGCCUCAGACUGACCACAUCGGCCGUGAUGCUCGGCCUCUAGAACUCUCCGAGGCUCGCUUGUUGGAUGACAAGAGGAUCAUAAAGCCGGCCCCACUGCAAGCUCGGUUGGUGUCACUGGUGGAGACGGAUGUGAAGGAACCGAUGAAGAGGUUCUAUGUCCUUCCGUCGAACACUUUGGAAAAGAAGAUUGUGUUCAUUAAAAACGAACCAUCUGAACCUGUUCAGAUAGAGCAUAAACAACACCAGUUGCCUCAACAACUUAACAACAAUAUUGAGCCAGAACACCCACAACCAGAACAACGCACCAUGGACAACGGAGAUCACGUAAAUAAUGUAAACAGCAGUGCAGUGAUUGUCCGUCCCAGUCAGCUUCUACCUGUACUGCCACCCCCUACUUCGCAUACUGCGAUUAUUGUAUCAACAAGCGGUGUAUCCAACGCGGUGUUCCCGUGGCAGUCCCUGGUGCCACUGUUCCGCGCGAGCUCCCCGCCCGCCGCGCCCGCGCCCGCGCCGCCCUCGCCGCGCACCCCGCGCACGCCCCACACCCCGCACACGCCCCACACCCCGCACACGCCGCACACGCCGCACAUCAAGACUGAGGACCAGAUCAAGACUGAAGAUGGCGUCACGUCAAUGUGCACGGACGAAGACGACGAAGUGUUCGAGUGCGAGGAUGCCGGCGACAGCAGCAGGCGCUCGCAGAGCCUCUCCGCGCUCAACCAACAAACCGCCGGCCAGGAAAAAAAGGAGCGUCGCAUCAGACGUCCCAUGAACGCGUUCAUGAUAUUCUCGAAGCGCCACCGUCAGAUGGUGCACCAGCUGCACCCCAACCAGGACAACCGCACCGUCAGCAAGAUCCUCGGCGAGUGGUGGUACUCGCUCAAGCCUGAGGAGAAGCAGAAGUACAAUGAGCUGGCUAGUGAGGUAAAGGAAGCUCACUUCAAGGCACACCCGGAGUGGAAAUGGUGCAACAAAGAUCGACGCAAGUCCUCGAGCAGUAGAGACCCUACUGGUUCUAUGCCACAGAGCCCCCGCACGCCGUCAGAGGGGCCGAACCCUUGCGUUCCGACGAGCGGAGCGGAAAUGUCGAUCAGUACACCGCAGUACAACCACGUUGGGUCGCCGCAGCUUAGCGACGAUGAACCUAUGCAAAUAAGUCAAACGAUAGAAGAGUCAGCCCCGCUCCAGAACAUAGAGAUAGACCUCAAAUGCGGAGAGAAGGUCACAGACUCCGACUCGGAAGGUUUGGACGCGCGAGACUACCUGCCUCACCACGACCACACGAGGCGGCCUAAAGCUAUCAAAGCCAGGGCUGGUUCAUCUGACAAUCUUCUGGGAGCAAUCACAGCCUCCAGUCCGGGUGGAUCCAAAGUAUUCCAACCUACAGGCGGUGCUUUUAAAUCCACACACGCUGAUACUGGCGAUAACCACAGACAAUGGACCGCGUUCACGUCAAUAAACAAACCGAACAUGAACCACGUUCCGAAUUCGCCUCACCCGUCCCAGUCGCUGACGACCAACACGCAGAGCCUGACCAACAGCGUGCAAGGCAUAUCGCUGGGCACGCCCAACAUGACCACACAAGAAGCGUUGGACAACGCCAUCGCGUCGAUAAUAAGCCCCACCACUAGUGGCGUGCAAGUGCUGUCGAUACCCAACGCAUCGAUGCCCAACACAUCGAUGUCCAACACGUCGAUGACCAACGCUUCGAUGAUCAACACUCCGACGACUGCAUCGCUUAAUAACACGUUUUUGAAGAGCGUCACUCUGGUCAAGAGAAAUAUUGGGGACAAUGCCACAGGUCCAAUAACCCUAUCAGUGGACGCGUCCGGCAACCUCGUGAUAAAGACGAGCCAAGCGGAUAACCAGCAGAGCGAUGCUCAGCCGCUGCACUGUGUGCAGUUGCAGAGGCUCUACGUGCCUUUUACCUCUGAUACGGACAUCAAUAAGAACCAGAGUCAAAACAUGCCUAGUGGUCAGUCUGUGAUCGUGUCGCAAAACAAUAACCACACAGUGCCGAAAACAAAUACGCAAUGGGACACCCCUAUGGAAGAGACCCGGCCGUUCCCCCUGGCGCCUACACCAGCCCAGCUGGGCAAAGCACCUUUACAGAAGAGACUUAGUCGAGGUACGUCGACCGGUUCGACGGGCGGUUGCGAACCCAACAUACCACGCUCAGAGAGUGGGCCCACCACUCCGCACGAUAUCGUGGAGCCGCUGCAAUCGCCUAAGAAGAUGGAGAACCUACCGAGUCCUUCGUCAAAGAAGUGCCUCUUCAAGAAAGGCAACGAGGAUGGACGGGAUAGGGUGCUGGAGACGGUGAACUUUGAGCAGAAGUUCAGCACGUUGCCGCAGUUCAAGCCGGAGGCGUGCAGCCCCAGCGCGUGCGUGGUGCCGCGCAGCCCGCAGCUGUACGUGCGCAAGAAACACAAGAGCGCUCUGGAUGAAGAAGCGACGGUGGUAACACCACAGAUCGAGGCGGAAGUGAUGAACGGGAACGGCAUGCCCACACCGCACUCCUACGGCACGCCGCACAAGCUAGUGGGGAACACUUUCUUCGGGCCCGACUUCAACCUCGACAGCUUUAGAGUGGCGGAGAGCAUGGAGGAGAUGUCGCCGCGCACGCCGUGCUCGGCGGCGGGCGCGGGCGCGCGCGGCGAGGCGGGCCACCGGCGCGUGCUCGAGCAGCGGCGCCACCUGGUCAUGAAGCUGUUCCAGGAGCAGGGCAUGUUCCCCACCACGCAGGCCACCUCGCAAUUCCAGGCGGCGCACACAGACAUAUUCCCGACGAAGACGUCGUUGCAACUGAAGAUACGCGAGGUGCGCCAGAAGGUGAUGGCGCACACCACCAACCUGACGCCGCACUCGGAGGUCAACACACCUACCAAUGUAAACUCGCCGAUAGUGUCGGGCGCGUUGCAGCCAACGUCGACGGCCAGUUAGCGAUACGGCUACACCAUCUCCAUUGUGGUGCGAGAGUAGACAGCAGAUCACUUGUAUUAAUCACUUCUUAACACUUUACAGUACAUUACAUAUAGCACGUGCGGGUUAACGUGACACCUGACAGAGUACAGAGUGCCUAGUGGGAGUUUUCAAUGUUUACAUACUGUGACUAUCGCGUAAACGUAAACGCGAAUGGGGAUGAUGAAUGGGUUUGUUGUUGAUUUAGAGACAUUAUGUUAAAUGAGGUCAAUAUUAACUAAUUUAUACAUAAAAAGCAAAAAUUGUUUUAAAAAAUAUUUGCAAAAUAAAUAAGAUUAUAAAAUUUCAAAAUGUACUAAAAUUCUUUUACCGUAAUUAGAUGAAAAAUCAUACAGUUUUAGCUUCCUUACAUUAAACGUGACAUUUUUCAAUAUCUGAACUAUAAACAUAAACGCACAAAUAACAUAGAUAUUUGUAAUUUUGUUGAAAUCUAACGAUCAGCGAGCCAACUACGUCAAUAAUUCGUGUCAUUUUGUAUGGAGCGUUUUUCUGGGAUCCGCAGCAGCGCCGCAAAUCAGACCCUAUAAAUCCAUGUGUAUCCGAAAGUAAUGAUCGCAGAUACCCUGUUACUUUUACAGGACUGCUUUACUAUUAGCAUACUUUUAAUUUAUAUACAAUUUAAAAAACUGUCACAUCCCUAUUUCUAAGGAAUUAAAACAGUUGUGCAGUAUUGUCACUAGGUGGCGCUGUUUCAAUCCUUAGAAAUUCGCGUUUGCGUUUAUGCGCUCGUCACAAUAUGAAAACAUUGAAAACUCCUACUGGGCACUCUGUGUUUGUAUGGUUGUGUUUGUAAACAGAGGGCCUAGUGGCAGUUUGAUACUGUUACUAUCGCGUUAACGUAAACGCGAAUUUCUAAGGAAUUGAAACAGCGCCAUCUAGUGGCACUACUGCACAACUGUUUCAAUUCCAUAUGAAUUCGCGUUUACGUCAACGCGAUCGUAACAUUAUGAAAAUAUUGAAAACUCCCACUAGGCACACUGGUGUCAAGUUAAUGCACACGAGUUGUGUAUUAAGUUUUGUUGUUGUAUGAUACAAAUGUCAAAUCGCCGUCAAAGCGGGACCAUACCAAUUUCAUCUAGUGUUUUAAUGCUUAUACUUGUCGAACAAGUCUCACUUGAUGUUAAGUGUCACAAUCAUCACAAUCAGCCUGUUUUAGAGUUCUACUGCUGGCCUUAAGUUAGCGAAUAACUUAGUCUUUAUUGAUGAACGUGAGAAAUGUCAUACUAUUGGUUAUGCCGUGGCAGUUUCCACCAUAUCCUAUCCCUAUUGCUGGCAAUGCUAUUCGAUUUAACAUUCAGAACAACGGUAAAAAAAACAUACAGCCGAACAUAGAACCUCCUUUUUGGAAGUUGGUUAAAAAUCCGAAAGCUUAUUUUGAGCAAGUUUUAACUUUCACUUGACAUCAGGUGAGAAUCGCAGUAUUGUAUUAAAUAGUUAGCAGUAAUGUUACUGUUAUCCAUUGAUUCAUAAAUGGUUGAUAUAAGGUCGAAAAUAAUGGACAUUUGCUAAGGUCUUAUUAAGUCAUUUUAGCAGGAACUCAGACCAAUUAUUGUGUAGGACCUGCCUCGCUAGACGUUACUUUUCUGUCAAAGUAUAUGAUCAACGAUCUAAUGUGAUUAUAAAAACUGUCCCUAUAGAAUCGAUGUUAAAUAUCUGUAAUCGUGUUCGUCUGUUAAGCUCCGUAAAAAUAUCCUUUUUGUGCAAUUGAAUUGUGUAAAAAACGGGCAAAAACUUCUAGUUUAGUAUAAGAUAUAUACCAAAUCUAAGCCCGUUUUCCUCAGAAAAUGACAAUUUUGUUCGUGACUAUGAGUGCGAUACAGGUCCUUCUAUAAUUGGUCUGAGAGCAGGAAACUCGGUUCCACCAUUUGUAUUAGAAUUAUAGUGAUCCAUUGUCAUUCAAUAACAUGAAUUGUGUGAAAAGUUGAUAGUUUUGUUAGAUUUCAUAGUUUUUGGUUGUGAAGUUUUGGAGUUGUUGAAACGAUCUGCGUCUACAGAAUUUGUGCAAUGGAGUUGAGAACAUAUACCUAAUGUGACAUAGUUGUAAUAGACCAAGAGACGCCGUACGAAAUGUUAACUCGUUAAAAUCACUGGACAUUUCGUUCAUCAGCUCUUUGGCUAAUGUGAGAUUUAAUGUCGAAAAUGCCUAGUUGCAUUUAAUUGUAGAAAUUUUGCGUUAUACACGCACUAAUUGGUAAAAAUGUUAUUUACUAUAAAGGUUACAUUUAAAAAAAUAUAAAAUUGAGAAAAAUAAAUAAAAAAUUGAGUGCGAAUGUGUUUGCAUUGAUGUGAGAUGUAUUUAGUAUUAGGGACGUACGACCUAUUUUACAAUUGACCUAUUUAGAAAUCGGUUUUAACGUACGUGAUGUAUGAUAACCAUUCACCGAUCUUUGCCUGAUCAAAAGGAAAUAAAAGAAAAAAAAAACAAUAAAUUGCAUUCUUUUGUUAGUAGUCCAUUGAAGUGUUACAUUUUUAGGCCUUACCCUGCGUUUGUAAGAGGACGCAAUUUUUUUUUUUUUUUUGUGUGUAGGGGGGUCAUUGGAAGGUAAAAUCAAGUUUGUUGGGUCGCCAUUUCAACCCCUAUUUUCAAGAUGGCGGCCGUGACAAGGGUGGAGACCCCACAAUAUUGAAUUUAGCGUUCCAUUGACCUACGUGUCAAAAAAAUAAAGUUACGUCCUCUAAAAACGCAAAUGUAACUUUUCAAUAGACCACAGCCAUAUUUAAAAUGUCUUUACGUGUCUAUAGAAGUUAAGAUGUCGGAAAAAUCGUUUAUUCUAAAGAAGUCAAUAAUAAAAUAGGUCUCCGCGCACUUAUGACUUUCAUAUUUUAUACAUAUUAAUAUAAUAAGCACAUUAUGUAUUUUCAAUUGACACAUUUUAGUUUUCGUAGUUAUCCGAGUUUAAGAUUUUACUGUACUAUAAACUAUUUUAAUGUGGGCGAUGCAGAGUUGCGUUACAUUGACUGACACUGAAAAUUAAAAAAAAAAUCUAACAAUGUUCGCUAAACCUCCCACUCUCGACCGAGUAACUCUAAUAGAUACUGUUGUAUUCUAUUUUAUGAUGAAAUUUGGGCUUUAAUUAUUGUAUCGUAGACAGGACUUAUACGUAUACUUAACGUAGAUGGGGGUCCCAAGGUGCGCCGAACCGAAAAGCGCAGUGUUGGUCGACCCCCCACUAGAUGGACCGAAGACAUCAAGCGGGUUGCAGGGAGCCGCUGGAUGCUGGCGGCUCGAGACCGUUUUGUUAGGAAGUCCAUGCAAGAGGCCUAUGUCCAGCAGUGGACUUCCAUCGGCUGAUAAUGAUGCGACUUUCGUGUAGUUUAUUUACACUAACGCGCUUGUCUUUUCUUAGGGGGCUCGCACACUAGGCAUUCACGACCACGACCCGAAUGAAUGAAGUCAUCGCUAGAACAGAUCGUUAGAUUUCAACGAAGUUACGAUUAUUUUUGUUAUUAGCGCGUUUAUGUUUACACUUCAAACAAUGAGAUAUGUCGCAUUGGAUGUAAGGAAGCUAAAACACUUAUCUUUUUUUACGUAUUGCUUGGUCGCACCGAAUAGUCGUGCCUUUUUAACAAUUUACCUGGUGGCCUAUUCCCUAUUUUGGUCUUUAUUUAAUUUUUAUAAAUAAACAUCAAUACAAUUGACAAAAUGUCAUUUACCUACUGUAUGAUAUCCACCAGUAAGCACAGUUACAUUAGUAACAUUUGUUACAUGAAAUCUCAAUUUACGUAGCGUACAUGUCAUCUAGCACAGAUAGUGAAUUAGUCUGUCGGUUGUGGCUGCCUAAUGUGCGAGCUGCCUUACAACCAGUACAAUCAAAGCAAACUUGUCAUCAAAAAAUAUGAAAUCGUCAUCAAUAGAACAUCAUAAUUGAUGCGGCUUUCGCUUUAGAACGUGGGUCAGGAUAUUUUCAAAUUACAAAAAAAAAAUAACACAAAUAUUCAUUCUACUUUCUUCGAUAAAACUAGCACUUGACUCAUAAAGAGCACGAUCUCAAUACAUUUUACUGUAUGUAAUUUUUGAUAAUCUAUGUAUAAGAUAUUCAUUUUAGUAUUUAUAUGAAUGGAAUUAUGGAUGGAGUAUUACAAUAUUUUUUUUACAGCUUAACCUGCAAUUACUUAAUACGUUUAGCUGUACUUUUAAAUGCAGGUUUAAGUGUUGAUUGCUAUAAAAAUAGUAUAUGGUAAUUGUGACUUAAAAUAAAAUUGAUGCAUGCAAGUGCACACUACUUAAGUCACAUGGAUUGUUGUGUAUUAAUUAUUGUUUAUUUCGAGUAAUAAAUUUAUUUAUUACUUUCGUUAAAAUUUGCUAUAAAUAUUUCAGAUAUAAACCGUUGCAUUUACAGUACCAAAUGCUACAUAGCAAUGACAAUGUACUGUUUUUGUAUACUUUAUGAUGGGAUUUGCAAUAAGAAUCGAAAAAAAUAUUUUUCCUUUUUAUUUUUUUUUUCUUAUAUUAAAGCUUUUUUCAAAAUUUAUAAGCAAUAUUGUGGUUGAUUAAAGAAUAUUAAAUGUACGUUAUGCUAUCAUAACUAUGGUGCCGACAUAUUGAAUUAUUGUUUAAGUCAUAUUUGAAGAAAUGCAUCGUUUUUUUUUCUAUUUAUGUUGUGAUGUUGGUCUUCCACGUGUUUUAAUAUAACAAUUAAACAUUUUUUUUAUAAAUGGAUAUCUACUUAUUUAAUUUAAAUCUUAUUGUGUACAGUUGUUUAUGUUAAGCAGAGUGGUUUGAGUUUGACCGUGUCUAUUCGGUUAGGUCGAAUUUGGGUUGACGGAUUUAAUUUAAUAUGUAACGCAUACGCGUAUUUGCAAAAUGGUAUCCGUAAUUUCUGCUUCGUAAUUAUAAUAGUCGUAACGCCAACCACACACUGUCAAGUGUACAGCGCGCUUUGGGAUGUCAGCAGCAGUGUUGUCACUUUUUAAAUUUUCCAAGUUUUGGGACAAUUUAUGUUUAAAAUUAGAAACUUUAUUAUUACGAUAAAAAUGCUUAAUUAUUGAAUAAUAUUUUUUUAAAUAUUUUUUCUGUUUAUAAUAUUAUAAUGCUUACACGCACAUUUCGGAUCAGACGGUAUUUUUAAAAUACACUGUAUAGUGCUUCUGCCUUUGGGCCCAAUUAGGCAAUGCUUCUCGCUCGCCCGAACCCCCCGGUGAUGCCACUGAGGUUCCAUUAAAGAGCCUACGGCACUUACACAAUCAAAAUUAUAAAAGUUGCAGACUUGACACUUUACUUGACCGUGUGUAGCUGGCGUAACCUAAUUGUAAAUGUAGAUGGAUCGAUUAAUUUUGUAUGAAACCUGUCAUUCCACAUUCGACCAUGCGUGACGAUCUUUUGGAAAUGGUACAAUAGAGUUUUUUUUUUUUAGUGAAUACAGAGCCUUAAUAUGUCUUCUUACUAAGUUAGUUAGUAAGUUGUGUAGUGAUUUUCAAACAUAAAUAAUAAUUAUAUCAACCGAUCAUCGUUUACGGAAAUCAGCUCAAAUCAUUAACGACAUUAGAUAAAUCAAUAUUUAUAUAUUAACAAUCUCAAUGUAAAUAAUAAUAAUUAGUUUAUUGUCUAUAGAUGUAAGCGUUACCGGCUCUCAAAGUAAUUAGGAGUUCUUUCUUUUAUGUAGACACUAAUAAUAAUGAAAUUGUGCAUUUUGUCUAUGUAUUCAACACGUUUUGGCCAAUACAAAUGAUUAUAUGUAUAUAUAUAGAGGGUGUUUUAUUUAUAUGCAACUGUAUUGUUGUUUCCUUAAUCGGAUGUAGGUCUGUUUGUGGUUUCCACUGAGACUGAAUAGCUAAUUUUUAAAAUAUAAAACAUAAAUUUAGUGUCUAUGAAUGAGCUGUGUAAUCUUGCAACAUCUUUGUUUCAAGAGUUCAAUGAACUGUUUUAUAUAAAUAAAACACGCUGUAAUUCUUACAAAAUUGUAUUUUAAUAAAUGAUCUCUUUUUGGCGUACUAUAUAAUUAUUAUGUAUUAUAUAAUUGCUUUAGGAGUCUGGAAGUGAAGAGAAUUUAUUAAUAAAAAUUAAAUAAUAAUAAUAAUACAAUGUCUAUAACGUAAGAGAUAUUUUCGCACUGUUAAAUCUAUCUUUGAUAGCGUAGUUUGGUACUAAUGAAACGAAAAAUUAAAACAAAAUUUUUGGAUGUCUUUUUUUUUUAAUAUUCGGCGUUAAUCUGUGUAAUGAAUAAAUGUUGGUAUCAAUUCCGGUGUAGAAAAGUAAUUGCAGUUCAGUAUUUUUUUUAAAUGAAGAAUAAAUUAUCAUAUCCCUUUUGUUAGUUUUGAUAGUCAGUAUGUCAUAUCCCUGAACUCAUUUUCAUAUAUCCUAAGUCUCUAAAGACAUCCCUUCAUGAGUCAGUUUUGCAGUUCGUUUUGAUACACUACAGUUUCUAUCGUCAUAUCCCUAAGUAAAUUUUGCAGUUAUUUUUUAUACACUUCCGAGUCUUAAACAUCCUGAGUCAGUUUUGCAAUUCCUUUUGAUUCCCUUGCGUCUCUAUCGUCAUAUCCCCGAGUCAGUUUUGCAAUUCUUUUUGAUUCCUUUGAGUCUCUAUCGUCAUAUCCCCGAGUCAGUUUUGCAAUUCCUUGCGAUUCCCUUGUGUCUCUAUCGUCAUAUCCCUGAGUCAGUUUUGCAAUUCUUUUUGAUUCCCUUGCGUCUCUAUCGUCAUAUUCCCGAGUCAGUUUAGCAAUUCCUUUUGAUUCCCUUGCGUCUCUAUCGUCAUAGCCCUGAGUCAGUUUUGCAAUUCUUUUUGAUUCCCUUGCGUCUCUAUCGUCAUAUCCCCGAGUUAGUUUUGCAACUCCUUUUGAUUCACUGGAGUCUUUAUCGUCAUAUCCCUGAGUAGGGUUUGCAGUUAGUUUAAAACACUUGAAUUGAUACUAAUGUUUUGUGUAGUCAAUUUGUUGAAAUCAUUGCUGGCACAUAUUAUAAGCUUUAUUGUUACCAUAAUAUAGUAAUAUUGUCAUAUACAGUUAAAUUACAAAUAGAAGGCCGAAUUCCGCCAAUCAAUAAUAACAUUCAUAUAUCGUUCUCUCUUGCAGUGGUGGUAAACUUGUACGAGCAAUAGAUGUAAUAGAUAUUUACACACAGAUUCACAUAUUCUUCUUUGUGGUGUCUAAGAAUAAUUUUCGGUGUGACGUCACAUCUUGUACUUCGUCAUAGACACCACAGAGCGGUGUGUAAAUGUGCGCAAGGUAAAAAAAUUUUUACUUAUACAGAUAUUAUUGAGAGUUCUUCUGCAAGCUUUUUCUUUUUUAAAUGAUAAUAAUACCCUACGUGGUUAUAUUUUCUGUUCUUUUUUUAUGUAGAUAUCGAUUCGAUUCGAGCGAACUUGUUAGUAGGUAUACAUCGAAACGAAUUUUUUAUUUCGUAAGAGAAAUAACGAGCAUUAUGAGAAAUUACGGUCUAUGGAUAUAUAAAAUAUUUGUCACACUUUUGGUAGCUUUUCGUUUUUCACACAUUAUAAUCUAACUUAUUUAUAUUAAAAAAUUAAUGUCGAUAUGCAGAAUAAAAUAACGUGCCAUUGGAUUUACUUUAAAAAUUCAAUAUGUUUUUAACAUUCAAAAUCAUUAAUUUCUAUUUCAAAAAAUCCGAUUCUUUUAAAAAAAAAUUUUUACACCCACAUAUCUACACAACGUAACUUUUCGCUUUUCAUUUUAUUAUGAGUAAUUUAAUAACAAUUUAAAAAAAAAAAACAAUUGAUGUUUAAAUCAUUCAUUGAUAUUUAUUUAAACAUUAUAAUUUAUUUACAAGAUAAUGUGUAUUAUUUAGAUACAUAUUGCACAAUUAUUGUAAUUUGUUGAUGAAUUUUAUUUAAUUACGACUAUUUCUGGGUGUUAACAAUCGCUUUUUUUAAGUAAUGAUAUGUUUCAUUUCACUUUAGUGUCAGGUUUUAGUUUUUAAAACAUUAACUUUUAUUUUGAUUUUACAUAAUAAAUAAUAACUUAAGUAUUAUAAUCCAUUUUCUGUUGCAAUAUGACACGAUUAUACAAUUUAUAUUUCGCUUGUGAUUGUUUGUAGUGAUGUUUCAAUUUGCUUUAAUAUUGUCCCGUACAUUUAAGUUUGUUUUAAUGGAGAUGUUAAUAUGUUGAAUGGUAUGGAUGUCUUUCAGUGUGUUAGCAUAAUAACAAAUAUGAAAACCCUAAUGCUGCGUAUUACAAGUGCCUUAUUGACUUUCAGAACUUAGUUAUAGAACAAGAGUUUGUCAUUAAUGAUUGCUAGACUUUCCUAAUUUUAUGAAACUGCAAGUUUGUUAGCCUGUUACCAUGGGUAAGUACAGAAAUAGUGGCGUAGCCUUGGAGGGGCACAAAUAUAUCCUAAAGAUUUCUCACAAAAGAAACGAAAAUGCUCGCUUAAAAUAAAUAUGACUUGUGACUUGACUAUGUAGGAUGUUUCCAACUUUUGGGCGCACGCUUAACCAAGGAAAAAAAGAGAUUCCUUUUUUUACUUUUGGCAUUUCUGAAGUGAAAACUUUUUGUUUUUUUCCCUGACAGUACUAGAUGUGAGGGAUUACAUUUUACUACUUUUUGCUGUAUAGUAGGCAACUAGCGAGUUUAGACCGUUGUGGCUUUGAUAAUUGAGGGUCUGGUACCUUUCAAGCAUUCUAUCUUCCUAAGCCACCAUGUCUCAAACUCUCAUCUGCCUCGUUAGACGUUACCCCUCUGUCAAAGCAAAGUAUAUGGUCAAGAUCUAACGCGUUUAUAAAAACUAUCUCUUAUUAAUCGAUGUUUCAUUGUUGUAAUAGUUUUCGUCGUUUAAAGAGCUCCCUAAAAAUGCUGAGUUGUCUAGAUAUUUUUUUAAACAGUCAGUAACUUCUAGUUUAUUAAAAGAUGAAGUUAGGUACGUCUCAUUUGUAAAUAUUUGGUCUGAGUUCAUAAUCCAUAGAUGCCUAUUAGGCAUAGGCAUCUAUGGACACACUUACCUAUGGUAGGAGUAUCAGCUGACAACCUUUUGUGCAUUUAUAAAACGAAAGUCUGACAUUCACAGGCUCUUUGUCCAUUACUAUGUAAUACGGAGUUGAUUUUGUAUAAUACAAUUGUUGUAAAAUCUCAAUUUUGUAUAGUUCAAAGUUAACUCAAUAAUUUAAUUUGACAAGAUGUUCACUUUGUAUAAGGCUGCAAAGGUUGUAUUCAGAUUUAACAACACUAAUACAGUUCUAGGCUUUGUCAGUCAAUAAACUGUAAUAGGCAAACCCUUUUAGACUGAACUAACUUUGUUGCUUAUAAACAAGUUAUAUAAUGUUGUAUUUUAAGAAUAAUUAGCUAUUAUUUCAAAAAGGACAUUUUGAAUGAAGCAUUUCAUAUUCGUUAUUUAUUACUUUCUAAAUAAGGCAUUAGUCUAAUUGUUUAGUCAAAUGGCAUACAUGUAAAUAUCUUGUUUAGACAGUUUAUUUAGAUUUAAGUGUUCAAUUUUAAUGUACCUAUUACUAGAUUGAAUUAGACAAAAUGACCUUUAAGAGAAAUAUCUGAAACAUUAAUCACAUAGGAGAAGUUUUUUAAAACAUUUAUGAAUCCAACUGAAUGGACCAAUAAAUAGCGAUUUAGUGAUUGUACCCAAUCAAAGACAACAGAGAUGAUAAACUCACCCUGUGCAGGUAGACAACCGACACAUAGAAAUGUGGACAGAUUGUUCAAGCAUAUUGGAUCAUUGUACGAACUUAUGUUAAAACAUAAAAACCUCGAAAGCA